GGAAGUUCCGGAUUGCGUCUCACCUUCUGUUAGCGGUCCAGGUGUCUUUGCUGUAUAGUCAAUUCAGCUGUGACCUGCACCGGCUGCGGGAACCGAAGGGACUUCGCCGGAGUACCCCAGAAACCGGACAUGUGUAUAAAGAAGUUCUGUUUACACUGUACCACACCCUGUUAAGUGUGCAAUACCAUUAUGUCUAAAGGAUCAGUGUACAUGUAUCAUCUGCGCAUUCAGUGAGUCAUAAUCGUAUUGCUGGUGGAGACUCUUGUCUUGAUAUUGAUGAAAACAUAAUAUCUUCCAAGUGCAAUAAAGUGAAACACAAUAAAAUGAGGACUCAAUGGCCUUUGAGGAUGUGGCUGUGACCUUCACCCUGGAGGAGUGGGCUUUACUGGAUCCUUCACAGAAGAAACUCUAUAGAGAUGUGAUGCGGGAAACCUUCAGGAACCUGGCCUCAUUAGGUAAAGAAUGGGAAGAUCAUGACAUUGAAGACGAAUACAGAAACAAGGAGAAAAAACGAAGAAGUCAUAAGAUGGAGAGACUCUGUGAAAGUAAAGAAGGUAGUCAAUGUGAGAAAAACUACAGCAGUAUUCCAAAUCACAAUUUGAAGAGGAAAACUCUUCCUAGAGUAGAACCGUGGGAAUACACCAUGUGUGGAAAAGUCUUCACGCAUCAUUCAUCUCAUAAUAAGCACACAUGUCACACUGGACGCAAGUCCUCUGAGUAUCAGAAACAUGGAGAGAAACCACAUAAUUAUAAGGUAUUAGGCAGAGUGUUCAGUUAUCUUCAAUUUUUUGAAAAACAUGAAAAAAAUGACAAUGGAGAGGAACCUUGUAAGUGUAAGGAAUGUGGGAAAGCCUUCAUGUCGCUCAAAACCCUUCAAAGACACAUGAGUACGCAUUCUGUAGAUGUUCCUUACAAAUGUAAGGUGUGUGGGAAAACCUUUACUUCUUCAGCUUCACUUCAAAUAUGUGAAAGAACCCACACAGGAGAGAAGCCUUAUCAAUGUAAACACUGUGGAAAAGCUUUAAGGUGCUACCAAAGUCUUCAAAUACAUGAAAGAAAUCAUACUGGAGAGAAACCCUAUAUAUGUAAAAAAUGUAGUAAAGCAUUCAGUUGUCUCCCUUAUCUGCGAAGUCAUGAAAGAACUCACACUGCAGAGAAACCCUAUGAAUGUAAGGAAUGUGGAAGAGCCUUCAGAUAUCAUCAAAGUUUUCGAAAACAUGAAAGAAAAUUUAUUGGAGAGAAGCUCUAUGAUUGUAAGGAAUGUGGGAAAGCUUUCAGAUGUUUUAAAAGUUAUCGAAUACAUAAAAGAAAUCACAGUGAAGAGAAACCCUAUGAAUGUAAGGAAUGUGGAAGAGCUUUCAAAAGUCAUCACACUUUUAGAAUACAUGAAAGAAAAUUCAUUGGCGAGAAGCCCUAUGAAUGUAAGGAAUGUGGGAAAGUCUUUCGAUGUUAUAAAAGCUUUCAAAUACAUGAAAGAAAUCAUACUGCUGAGAAACCCUAUGAAUGUAAAAAAUGUAAUAAAGCAUUCAGUUGUCUCCCUUACCUUCGAAAACAUGAAAGAAGUCACAAUAAAGAGAAACCCUAUGAAUGUAAAAAUUGUAGUAAAACAUUCAAGUAUCCCAGUGAUCUUCGAACACAUGAAAAAAAUCACACUGAAGAGAAACCCUAUGCAUGUGAGGAAUGUAAAAAAGCCUUCAGACAUUACAGUUCAUUACAAAUACAUGAAAGAAUGCACACAGGAGAGAAACCCCAUGAAUGUAAACACUGUGGUAAAGCCUUCACUUGGCGCACCACCCUUCGAAGACACAUGAAAAUGCAUACUGGAAACACACCCUAUCAAUGUAAGGAAUGUGGGAAAGCAUUCACCUGCCUCAGUUUGUAUCAAAGACAUGAAAGGACUCACACUGGAGAGAAACCAUAUGAAUGUAAACAAUGUGGUAAAGCCUACAGACAAAAAUGUUCACUACAAAUUCACAAAAGAACUCAUACUGGGGAAAAACCCUAUGAAUGUAAGGAAUGUGGAAAAGCCUUCAGUCGUAAAAAAAUCCUUCAAGUACACGUAAUAGUGCACACUAGAGAGAAAUCAUAUAAAUGUAAAGAAUGUGGGAAAGCCUUCAGCCAUUCCUCUACCUUCCAUAAGCAUGGAAGGACCCACUGGAUAAAACCUCUUGAAUGUAAGUAAUAUGGGAAAUAUUUCAAUUGCCCCCCCCCAUCCUUACAUGUAAAAUCUCCCACAAAAAGAAAUAAAAUCUAAAUAACAUGAGAAGGCUUGAUGUAAAUUAUUCACAUUUAGUGUUGCAGAAAACUCAAAAUAAAGAAUUAUUAAAAUUGUCAAUAAAGCAUGUUUACCAUCUUUCAUCAAGUGCAUUAUUGGAAUGUGGAUUUCUGCUGUAGUUGACCCUUGAACAGCUUUGGCUUUAAAGUCCCCAACCACCCUUGCAAUUGAAAGUCUGAUUAUGACUCAAGCCAGCCUGCAUAUAAGUGGAUUUCUAACCCUUGGUACUAAAUACAGUUGACCCUUGAACAACAUGAGGUUGAAUUGCUUGGGUCUUGGUAUAUGUGGAUUUUUUUUCAAUAGUCAAUUUUAAUUAUUUUCAGAAAUGAUUAUUGAUUAAUUGUAUGCAUUGUCUUUCAACAAGAGUACAUAACACUAAUAGGUAGUGAUUUUUCAUUGAGUCAGUUAAUCAUAUUAUCUCUUUACAUUUUGAAGUCUGUUAUAUCCAUGGGUGAAUUUAAGUGUAUUUCUAAUAUUUAAUUAGAUUUAAUUUUUAAUGUGGUUUUAUUUGUUUUGUGUUCAGGGGCCACUGUAAAAUGACAGCUUUGUAUUUGGGGGGGGAUUUUCCUACUGGCCUUGUGACACUUCUUGAUACCUGUAGUCCAUUCUACAUACCCUACCUUAAUUACUGAAAAAGUUCCUUUUAGGGUGACAGUUAUAAGAGCCUUUUUCCAUUUUCCAUGCUAAUAAACAGUCAGAGUUAAUUUUUAUGUCAAGUUAAUGAAAGAGUGUAAUUACAUUUGGCCUUUUGCUUUGUUUUUCUGACUGAGACUUGGUGAAUAGAUUCUGAUUUAAGAAGAGAGACCUGUGAGCCGGCCCAGUGGCACAGUGGUUAAGAGCUGGCUUGGGAUGCCAGAGGGCCCCGGUUCGGAUCCCACAU